AUGAUUAAAUUGUUUUCCCCUCAGGAAAUCGAGGACCUCAACGAGCGUAUUCAGACUUUCAGGAAGCAUUCGGUCGAUAUGGAAGGCACCAUCGCGUCUUCCAAGGUCGAAUUAGAGAAGGCGCUGGCGACUAACACGGAACUCAGUUGUCAACUUGAACGUGUGCACGCAGAUGUGAAACGAGAGAAAUCGUUACGCGAGAAUUUCCAAGCGGAACUGGAUGAAGCAAACUCACGCCUGAAUUCACGCACGUUCGAGAUCACCCAGUUGGAAAUGAGUAUCAACGAUCUCCGUAGACAAUUAGAGUUAGCGCAAGUGUAUAGUACGCAUCUGAACGAGACAGAAAACGGUGCAAAUUUAGGUUCCGCCGAAUCUGGUCAUCCAGGCACCCGGGAUGACACCGUAUCUGACGAGCACAACAAUACUGGGGCGUAUUCGUCCAAGGAUUGGCUUCGGGAACGGGAGCAGCUGUUCAAUAAACUUCGGGAACAUGAACAAUCCCUGUCCCAGAUGAGCAGAGAUCGUGAACGAUUAGAAUCACAAUAUCAAUCGUAUGUGGCACAGGUUGAGCAACAGGCCUCUGAGUUGCGGUCUCAACUGUCCGAAGUUACUCAGUCCAAACAGGAACUUGAAUUGGCCGUUGACACAGCGCGUCAUCAGUUGCGAGAGAAGGAAGAUGAACUGCUUACUUGCCGUGGUGAACUGGAAGCUGCUCGUGCGCAAUUGACCGUUGCUUCCGUUCCACACCCACCACUUAUCGAAUCUGCACAGACGCAAUCUUUGUCAACUACAGCACCGUCCUCUGCGUGCGUACCUCCAGCAUCAACGGUGGAUGUCGCCCGCGUGGCAGAAUUGCAACAGAUGUUGGACGAGCGCAAAAGUGAAGCAGACAGACUGACAAAUCAGGUUAGCUGA